GAUACAAUUAUUAAUGGUUAUCCAGUACUUGUUAAGUAUGUAGAACCUUCUGAAGAAUCCUACUGCCCAAAUGAAAAAUCAGCAGCUUGGAUAGAAAAACAUGUAAUGACUUGUCAUUAUAUAACUCAAGUCAUAAAGUGUGAUGAUCCAAGCUGCUCAAGCAUAGACAUAUCUGAUAAUACAACUCACUUUGGUGGCUUUCUUCUCUCUAUAUUAAUAGAAGAAAAGUUAACUCCUCCGGAUGCAAAUCUACAGUAUUUUCCCUUCGAUUGGUAUUGCCCAACCAUUAAUAAAUCAAUUAAUGAAUAUCUCUGUUCUUAUUGUAAUCAAUACUAUGCUUUAAAAAAAGUGUUGAAAAUCCAUACUAGAAAAUAUAAAAAAUCUAACUUAUCUAAAGAGCCUGUUUUGAAUAUUCAAGAUUAUGAAAGUAGUGAAACUAUACAGGUAGAUGAAGCAGUGUUGGAAGAUUUGUUAGAAACCUACUCUCAGCAAAUGCAAGUUCUAGAAAAGUUGAUUGCAGAUUUAGUAUUAAUAUUUGACUGGGAUAUUUGA